GUCCACAACACCCCUCACCCAACACGAAAAUAUCUACCGACUCAACUCACCUGUAUUUUCCUUUUAAGGUCGAAAACCUCUCACUCUCUAACUCCCAAAUUAGCCUAAGCCUAAACACCCUUUUGCGGUUAGACUAAUUAUUCAUGCAAGUUGGUGUUUAACAAAGAAUUAAGACUCUUGUGAGUUUUGGAUUUUAUGGAGAGGUAUGAGAUUUUGAAGGAUAUCGGAGCUGGGAAUUUUGCGGUCACAAAGUUGGUCAGAGAGAAGUGUAGCGGAGAACUAUAUGCUGUCAAGUUGAUUGAGAGAGGCAAGAAGAUAGAUGAAAAUGUGCAAAGGGAAAUAAUGAACCACAGAUCCUUGAAGCACCCCAAUAUUGUUGAAUUCAAAGAGGUCCUGCUGACGCCAACUCAUCUAGGUAUAGUAAUGGAGUAUGCUGCAGGAGGAGAACUGUAUGAAAGAAUAUGCAAGGCUGGUAGAUUUAGUGAGGAUGAGGCAAGGUUUUUCUUCCAGCAAUUGAUAUCAGGACUUAAGUACUGUCAUACAAUGCAUAUAUGUCAUAGAGAUCUUAAGCUUGAAAAUUCACUCUUAGAUGGUGGCACAACACCACGUGUGAAAAUUUGCGAUUUCGGAUACUCAAAGUCGCUACUUCAAUCUCAACCAAAAUCUGUUGUGGGAACACCAAAUUAUAUUGCACCUGAAGUCCUAUCUAGAAAAAAAUAUGAUGGAAAGAUUUCAGAUGUCUGGUCUUGUGGAGUCACCUUAUUUGUCAUGAUUGUUGGGGCAUAUCCCUUUGAAGAUCCUCAGGAUCCUAUAAACUUUACAAAAACAAUUCGGCGCAUCCUUAGUGUACACUACUCAAUCCCACAGAAUGUUGCAGUUUCCCGGGAAUGUAGACACCUGUUUUCUAAAAUAUUUGUGGCAAACCCAGAAAAGAGAAUAACAAUCCCUGAAAUCAAGAGCCAUCCUUGGUUUGUAAAGAACUUACCUAUGGAAAUGAUGGAAGGAGGAAGUUGGGAAAGCAAUGAGAUGAACAAUCCAGUCCAGAGUGUUGAAGAAGUUCAGUCUAUAAUACAAGAGGCAAGAAGACCUUUAAAAGUCCGAACUGUCAGUAGGCAUCUCACUGGUAGCAGCAUGGCUCUUGAUGAAGCUGAUGUUGGAGGUCCUGAAACAAGUGGUGAUUUUGUGUGCUAAAUAUGAGUGAUUCAGGUGUGCAUAUAUAAUAUAAAUAAUUCUAGGCCAUGUGACUGUGUUCUGGUACAUGGCCCUUAAUGAAUGUCAUUUUGUUCGCUGAGGAUGAAUGCAUCAUUUUGUGUUACUGUGCUU